AUGGCAACCUCUUCCAACUCAGAGGAGGGACUAUACCAGACUCUGCAACAGGCUCUGUGGGAACUCAACUUUCCUGAAACACAGGCCCUGCAUCAGGAUCUAAAGCACACAGAGCUGUGCAUCUGUGUUUUGGGGUCCCCCCUCCCUUACCUUUCUCUGCUGCUGGAGGCUGGACAGAGGAGCCCAGGAGAUGCCCUGUUGUGCCUCUCCCCAUCCUGGCUGUCACAUUCCUCCACCUCCCUCAUGGUGCACAAGGCUGUCACUUUUGACAUCGGCGGACGUACUUACGUUUCCAGCUUCAACCCUCCACGCAGGGUCACCUACUUCCUGUCAUGUGACCCUUACAUAGAAGACGAAGUAACCCAUGAGGUGGACUGCCCGAUAGGAGCUUCUGGAUCCCUGGGGAGGUUCUGGGGGGAUAUUCUGACCACUCGGGUACUGCUGCAGAAAGCUAAGAUCCAUACCCCUAAAACCCUGGCUCUGCUGGUGCCCUCGGGACAGAUGAUCCUGAAGGAAGGCACCACGGAAAACAUAGAGAUGGUACACCUGGAAAAGAGAGUUAAGGAGAGCCUGGAAUCUGUCAGAAUCAAGGUGGACACUUUCUUGGAGUCAGAAGCUGUGAGGCACUCUGAUAAGGUCACUCUCAGGUGCAGUGGAGGGAGAUUUAUGGGAGAGUCAGAAGAGUCAACUCCUGUGUAUCUGAACCGAAGAAGGAGAGAGGAGGUGUGGGCGAGGGUCGCUCAGCUACUGCCAUGUCUGCUCCCUGGAGAGGCAGUGCUCCUGGAAGCAUUCUGCCCUCCAUUAAAGCCUGGGCCUCGAAUAGAGGACCGUACUUGGGAGAAGUACACUGGUUGCAGCCCUCAGAUUCCAGACCUGUCUUUCAGAGUGUGUGCCAUUGUUACUCGCUCCCCUCAGAACUUCCCUCUUCUCUACAAGUUGAUAUGUAGAUUGGGAGCAUCGCACGCCCCUCUCUCUCACCACCAAGCCCUGUAUCAGUCUCUGGAGACAACCCUACAAGAGUGUGGCUUCACCGACCCUUCCCUGAUUGUUUCGCUCCGUCACUUGGCAACCAAAACCUCCCUGGAUUGCCUCCGCAUGGUGAUGGAGACAGAGUCAAGCAUGUCACCAGAAAACCGUGGUGGAUGUGCUGCUCAAACUGACAUGAUAGGAGUGGAUCUCCUUUUCACAUCUGAUGGUUCUGUCAUGAAGCCAGUCGUCCUCGGAUUCCAUCCCUCCUGCUGUCUUCAUUCCUCUUUUCCAGAAAAAGAAACAAAGACGGAGAGAUCUGAUAGUGAGAUGGAGGCAUGUCGGGGCACCCUCCUCCUUGCACCCUUUAUUCGCUCACAGUGUUACCUAAUGGAGGGGAAGACCGUGCUUGUGGUUGGAGCAGGGGCUUACAGCAAGAAGUUUAUCUGGGAGGCAGCCAAACACUACAAACUCCGGAUAAUACUUGUGGACUCUGACCCAAACCACUUUGCGUCAAAAAUGGUUGAUCACUUCUUCCCCCUGCCUGAACUUCCGGACCACCUCCAUGAUGAGCAGCACUGCAUUCGCAUCUGUGAUUGGCUGACAUCCUCUGGCCUUCGCCCUGAUGGCUGCCUGUGUUUCUGGGAUGACUGUGUAGUCCUGACAUCACUGGUUUGUGAAAGGCUGGGGCUGAGAGGUGCCCCCCCUGAGGCCAUUUGUAUUGCUAAGGAGAAAAGUCGGACCCAUCUGCAACUCUUGAGCAUGCUGAAUCCCAACAGGACCCAACGAGUCUCUGCCGAGUUUCCUGCUGGUCAGGCGGAUAGCCAGGUCACCCUGAAGAAUGGAGAGAGAGAAGAGAUGACCACCUUGGCUGAUUUUGACAACGGCAAUUUGUUUAACGGAAAUAUGUACAACCAUGAAAAUGCCUGCACUCUCCCCCCAACAACCACCACCCCUAACUCAUUAACUUCCUCUUCCCUGCUUCCUUCAGCUUCCUUCCACCCAUUUGUUCCUCUCCUCUCUCCUUCCCCCUGCUCCUAUGCAGUGCCCUGUCACCAUGUGGAGAGCUCCAGGGACCUGGAGAACGCUGUACAGGGACGACUUGGAAGGCCCGGAGGGGCAGUCAGGUUUCCCGCUAUAAUGAAGUUGGAGUAUGGAGCAGGCGCAGUAGGGGCCAGGAAAGUAGGGUCCCUAACAGAGAGCCUAGCACAUUUUGAACACAUUACAAGGGACCUGAAAAAUGAGACAGACUACCCAGGUAUUGGCCUGGGAUGGAGCAAUGCCAUGAUCAUUAUGGAGUAUGCUGGUGGCACUGAGCACGAUGUGGAUCUGCUGCUGUUCAACGGUCGACUGGAAGGUGCCUUUUUGUCAGACAACGGCCCCACACGUCCACCUACAUUCACUGAGACAGCAGCCCAGAUGCCUUCAGGACUGGCAGCAGACAAACGUGCCCAGCUAAUCACAGCAGCACAUCAUGUCUGCCUGGGCUGCGGCCUGCUGGAUGGAGUGUUCAAUGUGGAAAUGAAGAUGACAGAGCGAGGACCACGCCUCAUUGAGAUCAAUGCUCGCAUGGGUGGCUUCUAUCUACGCGACUGGAUCUUGCAGCUAUACGGCGUUGAUAUCCUUAUGGGCGCUUUCAUGGUAGCAUGCAGCUUACAGCCCCGCCUGCCCUCAACCACGGAUCUCCCAGCUAAAGGCUACUUUGCAGGGGUAAUGUGUUUGGUGUCACAACACCGUCAAGCUUUGCGGAGCACUGCUAGCCUUGAGCGUCUACGGAGCCUCCACCAAAACGGGACACUCUGGCUAAGUGAGCUUGCAGAGAAUGACGAACAAAUGACCAUGGAAUAUGAGGAGCCAUUUUGUAACAUUGGGGUCUGGGAUGGCUGCAGUAGGAGGAAUGCCUCUCAGCGUCUCAUUGCUCUCUGCCAGGGCUUGGGACUGCACCACCCUCCACACUAUGACCUGGAAUACUUCCUGUCUCAUUUUACUUAA